ACGAUGGAAACGGCAUUAGAGCCUCUGCUGGAGAGAAGGACGAGUUAAGUUACUGCAGGACUAACUGGACUCAGGCACUGUCACUGUCUGAUUUUACCUCAUUAAACUGAAUUAACCAGUUUAUUUAGGCUCUACUGAACCUGUGGAAAUGUUCAACAGCCUUCUCAGGGAUUUUGACGAGGACCCUUUCUUCUCUGAUCCAUUCCAGGCCCACAAUGAGCACAUACGACAAAUGAUGAGGAGCUUCUCGGAUCCCUUUGGCCACAGCUUUAUGCCCAGUAUCACAGAUGGACGGGACAGGGGACGAAGGCGAGAGUCCCAUCCUGGCAACAGCGUAGCCAUCCAUAAUGACCACAGACAGGACAUGGAUUUAAUUAGGAACCCAUUUUCCAUGAUGGCGGGCAUGAGGAACAGAAUGACGGACAUGCACCGAAACUUUGACAAUACAUCCACAGACUCCAACUCCCAUGCGUUCAGCUCCUCCUCGGUCAUGACUUACUCAAAAGUGGGAGACGAGCCAGCAAAAGUGUUCCAAGCUUCAUCUCAGACACGGAGCGCCCCCGGCGGGAUUCGGGAAACAAGGCGGAGUCUGAAAGAUUCUGUGAGUGGAGUAGAAAAGAUGUCUAUUGGCCACCACAUUCAGGACAGAGGCCACGUCAUUGAAAAGAAACACAACAAUAAAACCGGAGAGAGAGAGCUCAACCAGGACUUCCAGAACAUGGAUGAGACUGAAGCCCAGUCCUUCGAUGAGGAGUGGCAGCGGGAGGUGUCCAAAUUCCGGCCAGUUGCUCCACUGUCCCGUCUGGAGGCUCCCAGGGCCAGAGCAGUACACAGAGCGGCCAUUGCCGGCCCCAGCGACACAGACAGGGGAAAAGCUGAAGCAGCUGAUGGCAACAAGAAGACACACGUCUCUAAGCUCAAUAUCGAAGGCUCCAGUUUGAAGAAGUAAAAAGUGAUGAAUAUGAUGGAAUAAAACUCUUGGCAGGCAGUGGCUCUCUGGUGCUGUAGCCGUGUUUCUCUAUCAGACCAGUGCUUAUGCUGUACGUGCUACUCGUUACUCGCUUCUGCAUUAUAAGCUAGACUGCAGCUGUGUCUGCUUGAGUGAUCCAGAUUGGUUGCCCCCCACCCUGAUGACCCCCACAUUGUUUCUGUGUUUACAGAAAUGUUUCUGGAAAAUAGCUCUUCCAGGAAAUCGCUUUACCUGAAACUGCACACAUUUGAAUAUGAAUUUCCUAAAUAAAUUAAAUACAAAUGCUGAUUUACACAGGCUGGUGGAUUUACCAGCUUUACCUUAUGGGCAAAAUCAAGAUCAAUACAAAAAAAAUGGGUCAUGUCCAUAUAUUGUAUGACAAAUUGAUUAUAAAAUGAUUGUGACAUGCCUGUAUAUGAGUUCCUUUUUACGCACAAAACCCAAAUGUUCCCUUCUUUCCCCAUAUACUAAAAAGUUUCUCAUAUUCUAAUGUUUUUCUCUGAUUUCUUGAAUGUUACUUUUAAAAUAUUUCUCCCACUUGUGCUUUUUGCUAAAAACAAGCAUAAAUAAAUUUUUGAAUUUGAAGAAUUUACACAUUGUUGAAUGCACUUAUGAAUAUGAUUCAUGUAUGUAAUUGACUACUAUGGGCAUACCUCUAACAAAGGUAUAAUCUGCUGUAUACAUUUGUAAAGAAAUGCAAUCAAAAACCCUUUUUAUACACUUGUCUGUGCUUAUUUUCAGCGCGUUGGUUUUAUGUUGUUCUGUGUUUCUGCUGUUCCAUUUUUCAGGGUUCAAGAAUAAAAGCGAGGUGUACAGACAUUCUCAGCUAUCUUGAUAUAAAUUACCAGUGUACUUCAAAAUGUUCUCAAUAAACUUUUUGUUCUUUCAGUUUA